GAGGGCGGCAGCGGGGCAGCAGAAGCCACCGCUGGGAGCGCUGUGAGGAUGUGGGGGCCGAGCACGGUGGGACGCAGCGGGGGGCUGCUCUGCAGUGCCCGCCUGGGCUGCCGUGUGCAGGAGGAGGACGUGGGGCGCCGAGAGUCCUUCAGUGCUGAGUGGUUGGACCUGGAGCUCAGCACCCGGCCUGAGGAGGGGUGGUGCCGGAGGGAGGUGGACCGGCAGCGCCGCGAGUCGCUGGAGCAGCGCGGCGAGACGCGGGUGCUGACGCAGCGCUCACCGUGGGGCGUGCUGAGGGUCGGCGUCCUGGGGCAGCCCCUGGCCCAGCACCUCCUGCCUUACGCCCGCACCCUCCCGCUGCCCCUCUUCGCCCCCCCAGACCUGCGCGGAUCCAAGCCGGGGCUCCGACGGACCCUCUCUCGUUCGCUCUCCCACGAAGCCCAGAGGGGCUGAAGGCAGUGGGGUGGGGGGGCUCGGGGCACGGGAUGAGAUCGGGGGGCGGCGGAGGGGGGGGUCUUGAGCUCCACUGCU